AUGAAUGGGUCAAGCAAUGCUCACGGUGAAUAUUUUCGCAAGGCGCUCCAGGAAGCAUAUCAAGGUGCCGACGUCAAUGCUCAAGGUGGAUAUUUUGGCAACGUUCUGCAGGCCGCAUCGUCCGAAGGUUAUGAGAAGGUGCUGCAGGUACUGGUUAGUCUAGGUGCCGACAUCAAUGCUCCAGGUGGAUAUUUUGGCAAUGCGCUCCUGGCCGCAUCAUCUAGAGGCGAUGAGAAGAUGGUGCAGAUGCUACUUGAUAACGGUGCCGACGUCAAUGCUCGAGCUGGACAUUAUUGUCACGCGCUCCUAGCCGCAUUAUCUAGGGGCCAUGAGAAAGUAGUGCAGAUACUGCUUGGUCAAGGGGCCGACAUCAAUGCUCACGGUGAAUAUUUUCGUAACGCGCUCCAGGAAGCAUCAAUUGGAGUACGUGAUGAGGUGGUACAGAGACUGAAUGUGCUUCAGGUCGCUCCAGUGGAAGGCCACGAGGAGAUAGUGCAGAUGCUGCUUGAUGAAGGUCCGGGGGUCAAUGCUCGAGGCGGAUAUUAUGGCAACGCCCUCCAGACUGCAUCGGUUAGAGGUCAUGAGAAGGUGGCGCAGAUGCUACUUGACAAUGGUGCAGUUACUGUAUAG